AGGAACGAGGAGAAAGCCAGAGAGGAGAACCGCGGCGACACGAUGGGGAUAUUCUGCCUGCGUGGGCUCUGUCGCUGAGGCGUCCGGAGUUCAGCCACACUGUGUGCGUGCGUGCGUGUGUGUGUGUGUGUGUGUGUGAGUGUGUGUGUGUGUGUGUGUGCGUGUGCGUGUGUGUGUGUGUAUGCAUGCAUGCAUGUGUGUGUGAGUGAGUGAGAGCCCCUGCCGACACCAUGCGGGGAAAGGGGAACAGAGGACAGCGGGUGUAGAGGAGGAAAAGAGAGGGAGAGUGUUGACUCUGACUGGGGCUUAGAGGAACGUCACACCACUGGAUCAGAGGACGCCGAUGUGCAACAACUAUUCCAACUACAGCUGCUGCUGUUUUGCCUGCAUGCCGCUGCCCGUCUGUCCUCUUAACUUCUGCCAUGGCAUAGCCUCCUCUUCCAGCUCGCCUCUAGUCCGCUGAGGAAACGGGCAUGCAUGGGCACAGCCAGGGAUCUAGACUACCGCAUCCUUCACGUCAGUAAUUCACAGUCUGAGGAAAGAUGGUGAGCAAGGAGGGUGGCAAAUGCAUGCUCACCAACUCAGAGUCUGACUCGGAGGCAGGCCCCUUGCCUUCCACCUCGCUGGCACUUGAGGUGAAGUAUUCCCUGGAAGCCAGUCGCCAGGUGAGGAAGAGAAACAAGGCCCUGCAAGUGCGUUUCAAGGAUAUCUGUGAGGCACAGAACGAGCAGAGGGAGGCAGAGUUGCAGGCAGCGGGGAAAGGUGGCAAGCCGAUCUCAUACAAAGUGGCGUACCGCAAGUACAUGACUGUCCCCGCCCGCAGGUCCAUCCCGAACGUCACGAGGAGUACUGGCGUGCAGACGUCCCCUGACCUCAAGAAACGCUAUCAGACCUUUCCUUUUGAGCGCAAAAAAGGCCACACCUUUAAAGACGUGGCGGCAGUGGAAACUUAUAAAGGUCAGAAUAACGGUUUUGUCAUGGAAGUGAAGCGGUCCAAGGCUGCUGAGCAGGGUUUAGAUGAGGAGGAGGAGGGGGGAGCCUGCGGGGGGAGUGGAGUCCGGAGGACCAGGGCUCUGCUCCAUACUAAUGAGUGCAUUGCCACAGUGGAGCAGCACACUGCACCUGAUGGCCUGUGCUCUGACGCUCUGCUGCUCAGUUGCUCUGCAGACACAGACUGCCUUGCAGACACAUCGAGAGAAAGUGGAGCCGGAGCACAGGCAGAGUACCAGCUCUGCAGUGUCCCAUCGAAAGCCCGGGCAGGAUUACAACACAGGGAGGCCGAUACCGACCGCUCGGCCAAGAGGCAGCUGCUCAAUCUGGAGGAGGGCUCAUCCCAAACCCUGCCGGACAGGGCCUCCAAGGUUACGGGCCCCAUCGCCUGGAACUCCCUCACGCAGGUGGAGUGCCUGGACAGCCCGUCUGUGCGGAGCAAGCGGAAGAAAGGCCUACAGCUCAACGGGGUGCAGAGUGAGACACUGCCACGUUCCAGUGGAGGUUGUACCACGCAGGCACAGUGCCACACGGGACAGUUAUCUGCUCGGCCUCUGAGGGGCAUGGAGGAGCCUCUGUCACCCUGCAGAGGUGAUGAGGCUGGUGGGGCGCCGCCCGACCAAACACAGGAGGCCUGUAAGCAAAUAGUGCCUAUGAAUCCGGACGGGGAUGUUAAAGCACAGCUCCAGGCCAUGGAAAAUCUCAUCAGUUCCAGCCAAGAGACCAUCAAGGUGCUGCUGGGGGUCAUCCAGGAAUUGGAGAAGGGGGAGGCCCACAGAGAGGGACUCUCCUAUCGAACCGGACAGGACACGGCCAACUGUGACACAUGCCGGAACAGCGCAUGCAUUAUUUACAGUGUGGAGCUGGACUUCAAGCAGCAGGAGGACAAGCUGCAGCCGCUGAUGAGGAGGCUCUACCCUAUGGAGGACGCCCACUUCGCCCCCCUGCCUUACCCCCAGGAGGCCUUCACCUCCACCCCAAAACGCAAGUCCAAAGCCGAGUCCAAGAAGCAUGCUCGCUGGAAACUUUGGUUCCUAUGAAAACACGGGACGGCCUCCUCCUCCCCUGCUACCGAUACACAGGAUUACUGCAUCCAUCUGGUCGUCCAUGUCUGUUUGGUUUAUAUUCACCGUCUUCUGUUUUAUCACAUGGCUUUUUGUGGACCUAUGAACCAGUGUUAAUGGAGAGCUCCACAACUGGAUACUGAUCCCCUUUCUCAGAGGCGACAGGAUGUGCAACACGGACCCAAGUGUGGAUUCCACGGAAAAUUCAAAACGACCCGCUUACCAAAAAUGGAUUCAGAGUUAUUUUGAUCUAAUUUCUUCAAACAGGGUGUGAAAUUAAACCCCAGCAACAUGUUUGGAGAUCAGCAAGGUGAGAAGACGAAUUUGAUUUCCGUCUGUCUAUUUGCAUAUAUUUUUCUAGCCGGUGUCCACAGGGGGCCCCGAUUCUGUGACAUUGGUUCAGUGACUUGUCACGUUUCUAUUCGCCAGUUGGGACUAUGUCUUUCUUCCCAGCCUCCAGGAGAGGCUGCCUGCUCAACCACGACGUUCUGAGACCUACAUCAACAGCAUAAGCACAAAUAGCCCUUUUCAGGAUACAUUUUCUCUAGAAUAUAAAAAAAAGACCUAUUUGGAAUAUUAACUCAUACAUGUAGUUCACAGACUCACUAUGACAGGUUGAAGACUGUCAUAGUAACUAAAGAAGAGACCUGAAGGACAAAGAAGUCAGAGAUGUUUAAUGGAGUAAUGUGCUCACCUUUCUAUCCAUCACUAAAAUGUCUCUUUUAAUCACCUGACUUUGAAGCAAAGAAUGAAUAAAUAACACUUAUUUUCUUAAUAACAUUUGCAAAAUUAGACAUCAAUGUACUUUUUUCUAUAUAAAUAUAUAUAUAUCUAUAUCUAUAAACAUUCACUUUAAGGUUUAGUGGAAUAUAUUUAUUUGAGCUGCAAUGAGGAGGGCUGUGCACUUCACAGACUAUACAGUGCAGGGGGUAAAUAAGUAUCGAUUCUUAAUUCUCGUUCAUACGUCAAUCUUUGAUCUACUAAUUUCAUCGUUCAAAUUGUCGUUGAAACCCAAUGCUCCAAAGAAGAGAGGAAAUCCAAACCGGUUGAACUUCAUGCCUUCAACACACCGAAGAAGAAGAAGAAAAAACGUUGAGAUCCUUUAUUGCUCCAGUAUGGAAACAAAGUAUUACAAUAAAUGAUAGAGGUUCAUAGCACACGUUGGGGAGGGGUGAAAAAAGAAAAGAAAAAAAGCUGUGAUUGUAUUACUGCAGUAUCUUGCAUCAGCUACUACAAAAGCCACUGACACCAAGCCAGAAAGGACUGAAUGUGCCACUUCUGAUCACAACCAGGGCUUCUACAGUGCAGGGUGGCAGGCGCGUAGCCUUGCAUGCUUUUUACAACCUUCAGAUUUUGCAGGAUAUUUUCUAGCUUUUCAAGAAAACAAUUUUUAAAGAGACUGGCAAAAAGAAUUUAUUUUCUUUUCUUCCAGCCCCCCCCCCCCCCCCC